GGCUUUUUGUCAUUUGUGCGAGACAAGCCAUUCAUCCAUCCCGUUCUCAGCCAACAAAAAAAAAAAAAAAAAAGGCUGCUCCCAGAAAUUAGCAGUUUCAGCUCAGCAGCAAAGCCGUCGGGCUGUGAAGGCACAGAGAAAUUGACUAAUUAGCAAUGCGCACUAAAACUUGACGGUUCUCUCCAUAACGGCGAGGCGCAAAAAAAAAAAAAACCCUCGCUUUUUUCCCUUCUAUCUCACUCUUUUUUUUGUCUUUCCUCCUUUUUUUUCCCCUCCUCUCUCUCCAUAGAUGUUUGAAAUCGCAGUCAUUUACGCUCGACAGUUUUUACAAUAGCCUUGAGCCAUAAUUUUGCCCGUCUCUCUAGCAUCCAUAGCCCUGCAUGGUCUCUCUCCGCCGGCCAUGCGCGACCGUUUCUCUCCCCAACCGUGGAUUUCCUAUUACUCUCGUUACGACUCACUGAGCCCCAGGCCCAAGGAUAAUGAUGUGUUGUUUCUUGGUAGCAUAAUUUGUCACACGUAUAUUUCUUCUUCUUCUUCUUCUCUUGCAGAAAGCACGGCUCUCUCUUUCUCUCUCUUUCUCUCUCUCUCUCUCUCUCUCUCUCUUUUUCUCUCUCUUUCUCAGCACUCAGCACACUUCUUAGUUUAGUUUUAAUUCAGACGCACGCGUAAUAAUAAAGAAAAAAGGGGGAAAAAAGGAAAGGAAAUACGCGGCAAUUGCGCAUCGAGUCUAUAGGACUUUAAGAAGAAGAAGGGGGGAAAGAAGAAGAAGAAGAAGAAGAAGAAGGGAUUUUUUUUAAAUAAAAAAAAAGAAGAAAAGGACGAGAACAAAGACAAAGUGCUGUGAGCGAUACAUACAGCUUAAGGAUCUGGGGAUACUUUUGUUUUCUCCGCGUAAACUCAAGGUAAGUUUGGCUCGUCUCCGCGUCGGAACGCCGGAUCCUAGAGAUACUUACGCACGGCGGUGCGAGCGAGGUGGACGGACACACCGCGUUCAGGCUCAAGUUCACCAGCAAAAAAAAAAAAAAACGUCGAUUAGAGGGAGAACAGAAAGGGUGUUUAUUUCCGUUUGCGAGUCGGUUUGGGGAACAGGGAGGGGGGGCUGUUGGGGAAAAGGCGCAGCCGCGGAUUUGGAUGAUGGUCGCCGGAUACUAAUUGCUUUUGUAUCAAGGCUUUCAGGAUGCGCACAUACAGUAGCUAGCUGGUGUAAAUGUAAAUGCCUGUGUAGGCUACGUGGUGUGUGUGUGUGUGUGUGUGUGUGAGCGAGAGUGAGAGAGAGAGAGAGAGAGAGAGAGAAAGUGUGUGCGAGGCAACGUGAUCGGAUAGCAAACCUUGAGUCUAUACAGUGAGCAUGCCUUGCCUCGGGUUUUGCGCUCCAAUACGCAGCGUCUUUAAUCUCGUUCGUGCGAAAUAGGCUUUACCAAAGAGAGGAGGAGAAGGAAAAGGAAAAGAAACCCCCACAUAAAUAAAGCAGUGUUCUAGCUUUUUAGAGGUGACGGAAAGUCCAGGGAUUGCGCUAUUAUUCAGAAGAAGAUAAAUGGCUCCGGCAUUGUUUGCUUGUAGGAGGUGCGAGCGGCUCCCAAGUCAUGUCCAGAUCGGGCGACCGGACGUCUACGUUUGACCCGACACACAGCGACACGCUGCUGCACGGGCUCAACCUGCUGUGGAGGAAGCAGCUCUUCUGCGACGUGACCCUCACAGCUCAGGGACAGCAGUUCCACUGCCACAAAGCCGUGCUCGCGUCCUGCUCGCAGUACUUCAGGUCCCUGUUCUCUGCGUCACACGCGCUCAGCAAUGAGCCGCUCGCUGGAAAGGAUCAAAGCAGCGGCGGAACCCCGUCGUCGUCCCCGGAUGAGAAGCUCCUGGCCAGCCCGCGCUCCAUCAGCAACCUGGUGCUGCAGGGCUGCUCGUCCAUCGGGCUGCGCUUGGUCCUCGAGUACUUGUACACGGCCAACGUCACACUCUCGCUGGACACGGUCGAGGAGGUGCUCUCGGUCAGCAAGAUCCUCAACAUCCCGCAGGUCACCAAGCUGAGCGUGCAGUUCCUGAACGACCAGAUCUCCGUCCAGAACUACAAGCAGAUCUGCAAGAUCGCUGCGCUCCACGGCCUGGACGAGACCAAGAAGCUGGCCAACAAGUACCUCGUCGAGGACGUGCUGCUCCUCAACUUCGAGGAGAUGUGCGCCAUGCUGGACGCGCUUCCGCCGCCCGUCGAGUCCGAGCUCGCGCUGUUCCAGAUGUCCGUCCUGUGGCUGGAGCACGACCGCGAGACCAGGAUGCACUACGCGCCGGACUUGAUGAAGCGCCUCCGCUUCGCCCUCAUCCCGGCCCCCGAGCUCGUCGAGAGGGUGCAGUCCGUGGACUUCAUGAGGAGCGACCCCGUGUGCCAGAAGCUCCUGCUUGAUGCCAUGAACUACCACCUGAUGCCCUUCAGACAGCACUGCAGACAGACCACAGCCAGCAGAAUCCGUUCCAACAAAAGGAUGCUGCUGCUGGUUGGAGGUCUGCCUCCAGGACCUGACCGCCUCCCCAGUAAUCUAGUUCAGUACUACGACGAUGAAAAGAAGACAUGGAAGAUCCUAACAAUAAUGCCUUACAACAGCGCUCAUCACUGUGUAGUAGAAGUGGAGAACUUUCUUCUGCUGCUAGGUGGAGAGGACCAGUGGAACCCGAAUGGCAAACACAGCACUAAUUUUGUAAGCCGAUACGACCCGAGAUUCAACAGCUGGAUCCAGCUGCCUCCGAUGCAGGAGAGGAGGGCGAGUUUCUUUGCGUGCUGUCUCGAUAAACACCUUUACGUCAUUGGAGGAAGAAAUGAGACAGGCUAUCUGUCCAGCGUAGAGGCGUAUAACCUGGAGACUAACGAAUGGAACUACGUCUCGUCUCUUCCCCAACCUCUCGCAGCCCACGCCGGUGCCGUCCAUAACGGGAAAAUCUACAUCUCAGGUGGAGUCCAUAAUGGCGAGUAUGUGUCCUGGCUGUACUGCUAUGACCCGGUGAUGGAUGUGUGGGCCAGGAAACAGGACAUGAACACUAAACGCGCUAUACACGCACUCGCAGUCAUGAACGAUCGCCUGUACGCUAUUGGUGGAAAUCACUUAAAAGGAUUCUCUCAUCUGGAUGUGAUGUUGGUGGAAUGCUAUGACCCUAAAGGAGAUCAGUGGAACAUCCUGCAGACGCCCAUACUGGAGGGCCGCAGCGGUCCCGGCUGUGCCGUGCUGGACGACAGCAUUUACCUGGUCGGAGGCUACAGCUGGAGCAUGGGAGCCUACAAGUCGUCCACCAUCUGCUACAGCCCGGAAAAAGGAACGUGGACCGAACUAGAAGGCGAAGUAGCAGAACCUUUAGCCGGACCAGCGUGUGCCACCGUCAUACUCCCAGCUUGCCUGCCGUUUAACAAAUAACAGAUAAUUAUGUGAGAAAAAAAAAAAAAGCCCAUAGGAUGGACAGAAAGGCCAAAACGAUGCAGACUGAUCGCAUAGGAGGUGUAUAAAUUAUUUUUUUACACGUCUGACGAGAGCACUUUCUUUCCUUCUUUCCUUCUUUCUUUCUUUAAUACUUUUCAAAAGAAAUACAAUUCGUUUGUAUGUGUGUUGACAUUCAAACCUUUGAUCACCUUUCCUUGUUUUGUUCUUUUUUUUUUUUUUUUUUGGCUUAACUCGAUAUCGCACGCAUAACCGAUAUAGCUUCCAUUUGUACUUUGUAUUUUGUGAAGAAAAAAAAAAAAAGAAAAGAAAGAAAAAGAGCAUUAUUCCGAGCCGAUGCAAUGUUGGAAAUUCCGAACCGUGUUUAUGUCCUGGAACGAUUCAACAAAAGAAUCGAAUUGUUUUAUCCUAGACGAAAACUCAUGAAUCCUGUCGUCACACUGUAGAAUAGAGAAGUGUUCACCACGCUCCUGCUUGUUAAAUAUCGUAGCCAUACUGUAUACGGUACAGCGUAUGUACAGAGGACGAGGAGGGAAACGAAGUAGUCAUAAAUAAAGCUCCUCUAAUAUAACGCAGACGAGGACUAAAAUGAACGAACAAUCAGACGAACAGUAUUGUUUACUGAGCCAUGUGCUGUGUAUGCAUGGUCUUAACAAACAAACCUUAUGUUACACUUUGUUUUUUUCUUUCCUUUUCUUUCCGAUAUUACCUGUUAAUGUUUAACAGUGCCUAUUUCUAAUGCUAGGUUCACUCUUUCCCGUUUCUUUUAGAAAAAUGUUAUAACGCUGUCCAGAAUUGGUUCAGCAAUAAAUUUGACAAAUGUGACCCAAAUGAAAUAAAGAAAUAAAUAGGUCAAUAAAUAAAUACAUUGCAAUGUUUCAAGAUUCCAGAGCAGCACUGUUAGCCGUCGUAGCCGUCGUCCCGUUUCGAUCAGGAGAGGUAUCUAUGUUAAUUUUCAUUCUUGUAAAUAGUCUCUUGCGGUGGAACAUUUUUGUGCCCAUGGGAUUUAUUAUCAAAUCCUGUUAUGUUAUUAUACAUUUUAAACAAUGAAAAUAAAAACGCCAAUUCUGGA